AUGAAGAGUUCAUACAUAGGCACUGUGCUGUUGGCCAUCCUUCGCGCCACGUCAGCCAAGGAGAACGCCUCCUGUCCAGACACCAUGGAAUGCAUGUCCGUCACCCACGACAUGCUAGCUAUGGAGGACAUGUCUUCCUCUUUUGGCCGGUGUCUCGUGACAUGCAUGGACGACGAGUCAACUUGCUGCAGUCAGAAGUGUGCUCAGCCCUUAUCCUGCCGGACCAACUUUGCCAAUUGUCAUCUUACAUGCCGCGAUCUCGGUAUGUCACCUCGCUUCAAUUGCUUGGACAGUUGUAUUUCGGUUUGGAACAACUGCAGGUCUGAGGCGGUUACCGAACCCCAAAUUAUGGAGCAUCAUGAGCACUGCAAGAAGGAUUUCCGAUUUUGCCAAAAGACUUGUCACAAGGACUAG